CACGUCGACGCCAACGGCCACCCCACGCCCGCAGUGCACAGGCUCAGUGCGCAAUCCAAUAUUGCCUGCAAACGCUCCGCCGGGGCUCCUAUCCGGGCUGCCGGGGGCGUGGCACUGCCAUCCUUGCUUACCCACGCUCCACCACACGUCCGUCCAUGAGCACCCAGCCGCAAGGCUUCGCAAAUUUACCCGCACUAGAGAACGCAGCAGUCAUGGCCCUUCAUUCUGCCCCGGCUCCUCCGUCUGUUUUGGUCUGUGACUUGCCUCGCCCGUUGCAUAUUUCAACCCUGCCCCCACCGCCGCCCGUCAUAGCCGUCGUCGAGCCAGCCUUUCCUGUCGUUUCUGUCCAUCCCGUUCCCCUUCUCUCUCUUUCACCAUGUCGGACACUUCCAAGGACUUUACCAUCGCCAUUGAUGAGGAGCCCAAGUCCUACUACAGUCCGGCCCCGUCGACCAAUGACCUGCCCGAACGGGACCAGCCCCAGACGCGUCCGAGCUUCUGGACCAAGCUGUCCGAUUUCAUCACUGAUUGGACUCCCUUCGGCCUCGUUGCUUCCUACUUCGUCUUCUCCGUCUGCAUUUACAUGGUCUGCACCGAGACUCUCAUCUCCGUCUUCUGGUUCGUUUACCUUGCCACCAACUUCUACAUCUCUGCCGCCACCGUGCUCGAGGCUUUCAUGAGCCUCGAGCCGUGUAGGCAGGCCCGAAGUGUGGUCCAGAAGGCUCAAGAGGCCAACUGGAAGUUCCCGACGCCGGACGACCAAGUUCCCAUUCUUGAUCUCCUCGUCGUGGCCUACCUGCCCAAUGAGAAGGACAUCAUCAUGGAUCGGGCCAUGCAUGCCCUGACACGGGUCGUGUAUCCCGUUGAUCGCAUCCGAAUCAACAUUCUCUACAACACGCCCAAGCCAAUCGAGCCCUUGGAGACUGAAUUGAGGGAGCUGUGUCUCAAGCAUUCUCAGCUCAGAGUCAUCAAGGUGCCCAACUCGACGUCAAAAGCCGACAACCUCAACUAUUUCUUCAGUCUUGACACUGGUGCUGAUAUCGUUGCCAUCUACGACUGUGACCACUACCCGCAUCCUCAUGGCCCUCGCUGGGCGGUCGAGCGCUUCUGUCAGGACAAGAAGGUCGACAUUGUGCAAGGCCGCUGUGUCGUCUUCAACUCUAAAGACUGUUUGUUGGCGGCCAUGAUUUCAGUCGAAUUCGACAAGAUCUAUGCCGUGUCUCACCCGGGCCGUGCAACCUUGUGGGACUUCGGUCUCUUUUGUGGGUCCAACGGCUACUGGCGCGCUUCGCUGUUGAAGGACCUCAAGAUGGACGGCGAUAUGCUCACAGAGGACAUUGACUCCGCUCUGAGAGCCGUUUCCCGCGGCGCCAAUACCGUCCACGACCUCAACGUCGUUUCUUAUGAGCUUGCUCCAACGACACUGCAGGGCUUCUGGAAGCAGCGUUUGCGGUGGGCUCAGGGAUGGUGCCAGGCCAGCAUCAAGCACCUCAAGCUCGCGUACAGAAAGUCUCCUGAUGGAACUCCGCGCAGCCCCAAGGUUCGAUUCGGCUUGUUGUCUCUGCUGCUCAUCCGCGAGCUCAGCUACUACCUGGUCACCCAGUUCACCUGCCUGAUGAUCGGCUUCAUCAUCACCAAGUUUCCCAAGGACCCCGUUGGGCUUGCGCGCUUGAUCUGGUUCGGGUACUCGGUCUCCGUCUGGCUCUUCAUCAUUAGCGUCGUGUGCUUGAUUGCCACCUUGUGGAUCACGAUGCGGGUGCGGUCUGAAUUCGUUAAUCUCAGGAUGAUUAUCGUAUUCUCCAUCCUGUACCCGUUUUACCUCGUCAUCAACGCCACGAUAGGGUUGUACGGGCAUGCGCGGCAAAUCGUAAACUACAACUCGUGGAAUCCAACGGCACGGUCCUAAGGGGCGGCCGUGCAGUCUUGAUUUUCUUUUCUCGUUUAUGCAGGUCUGCAAGCAAGGCGGACACACCCCUGCGCAUUGCAGGGUGCGUCCGGCGCAUCAUGUACAUGGUUCCUAAUUUGGGCGUUGCGGAUGGAACAUUCCUGAAGCCGGCUUCGAUCGCACAGCAUAUAAUUGAUGGUACUUGGGCCAGCGUUUUAAGAUAGAUGAGCGAUGCAAUCCAAAACCGCCACGGACGUGGCUGAGAACGGCGUG